AGCUAAUCUGAAGAAGGGAACUCAAGUAAGCUGCCGCUAUGACAGAAGAAACUGAGAUGGAGACAAUUCCGAGUCUGUCUUCCAUGGAUAGUAACUCUGCGUCCAUCCUUGAGCGGUUCCUGGAGCUAAUGAGGCACUUCAAGACAGACCCUGACCCUAACGAGGAGACUGUGGAGGUCUCAGCUGACUCAUUCAAAAUGACAAAAGGAGGCACUAGGAUCUGGUUCCUAUAUGGAAGGUGUGAGAUGGGACUCAAGCAGUUGUCCGUGGUCCACACAUCUGAGCUGGAGUCAAGGGAACAUAGUUUUGUGUCUCACUUUGUGAGAAGCUAUGGGUCAGACUCUGGCCUAAGAGUUAGUUUAAUGUGCCCAACCCUGCGGCACAAGGAUUGGGAAAGGGUGACUGUGGCCCUCGGGCUGCAGGUUGGAAAGCCCAGUCUUGGUAUCUCAGAAGAUGGCAAGCAGAAAGAUUUGUUAAUCUGGCUACCUGGGAGGCAGCAGGACACAGGUCGCCCCUGGCCACCUCCUGUUCAUCUCUCACUCUGGAUGCAUAUCUAGGGGACAAUCCGAUCACACUGAGAGGUCAAGUAGGGUUUCCACUGGGGCCACCAAGUGUUGUCCAUCCCCCUUCACCUCCCUUUCCUGGCUAGUUCUUGUCAGUGUGAGUCACCCAAGAAGAGAGAACCUCAGUUCGGUGGGAUCCCUGGGCAGGUGGUCCUGGGUUGGAUAAGAGAUGAGGGUGAGCAAGGCUUGGGGAGCAAGCCAGUGAGCAGUACCCCUCCAUGCUCUCCACAUCAGCUCCUGCCUUGAGUUUCUGCCCUGAUUUCCCUGCAUGAUAGACUGCGACACAGGACUGACGCCAAAUAAACCGUUUCUUCCCCC